AUGGCCAGCGUUGAACUUUUUUUGGUCCUAAUUUUCACGCACCACCAGGGUCGAGAAAAAUGGUAUAAGAGGACCGAUUUUUCUUCAUCGGCACCAAUGCGGUACAGUCCAGCAAACAUCACAGUCGACAGCGACGAGGUCACCGACGCCUGGAAGGUGUGCGUGAUGAACGGAGUGUAUUUUGGAGGCAACGAGUACAGCGGGUCUCUGGGCGUGCGAGUGUCCUCUGUGUUUGUGAUUCUCUUUGUCUCGACGUGCUUCACGAUGUUCCCCCUCGUGGCCCGCCGCAUAAAGUCGCUCAGGAUCCCCGAGCUGGCAUACCUGCUGGCGCGGCACUUUGGGUCCGGCGUCAUCCUUGCUACCGCGUAUGUCCACCUUAUGGACCCUGCGUACGAGGAGAUCGGCCCCAGCUCGUGUGUGGGCAUGUCCGGGCACUGGGCCGACUACUCGUGGCCCCCGGCGCUGAUGCUCAUCAGCGUCGCGACGAUCUUCACGCUGGACGUCUACUCAGAGGUGUACGUGGAGCAGAAGUACGGCCCGAUGCGGCAAGUGAGCGUCGUGGAUGUUAUCGCGGGUAACCGCGGCGACGACGACCUUGAGCAGGAACUCACGAGACAGAGGUCCGUUAGCAAGGACGACUUUACGGUCUCCGACGAGAGCAUGGUCGAGGUGUCGUUCCGGACGCAGAUCGCGGCUUUCCUGAUCCUGGAGUUUGGCGUCGUGUUCCACUCGGUCAUGAUUGGCCUGAACCUGGGCGCCUGCGGCUACAACGACUUCCGGGUGCUGUACCCGGCGAUGGUGUUCCACCAGUCGUUUGAGGGGCUCGGCAUUGGGGCCCGGCUGUCGGCGAUCCCGUUCGCGGCAGACAAGAAGAGCUGGCCGUGGCUGCUGUGCCUGUUGUACGGCCUCACGACCCCGAUCUGUGUGGCCAUCGGCAUCGGCGUGCGUACCACAUACAACCCGAACUCGUUUGCCGGGAACAUCGUGCAGGGCGUCCUGAACUCUAUUUCGGCUGGCAUUCUGAUGUACACGGCGCUGGUGGAACUGAUAGCCCGGGACUUUCUUUUCGGUCCCGAACGGCCAAAGACGCUGGGCAGAGCAACUCUGCUCUUGGCGUUCUUGUUCAGCGGGGCAGGAAUCAUGGCGCUGCUGGGAAAGUGGGCGUAG